AUGUCGAGCACAUCUCCAUUAACUGCUAUUUUUGCUAAUAUUCAUUUACAAUUAUCCCGAUAUGUUUAUUGUCCAUUAUAUAUAGCUGGAAAUCUUGGAAAUAUUUUCAGUUUGAUUAUGUUUUCUCAAGCAAAACUUCGUAGUUCAGGUGUUUGUUCUUGGUAUUUUCUCGUUGUUUCUGUUGCAAAUUUAAUUUCAAUCAAUACUGGAUUUAUCACUCGUAUAUUAUCAUAUAUGGGUUUUCCAGAUCCAUCUCGUACUAUUGGAUGGUAUUGUACUGGUCGAAUUUAUAUUUCAAAUCUUUCAUUAACAAUGGCUCGUUAUUUUCUUUGUUCAAUUGUUAUUGAUCGAUUUUUAAUAACAUCAACAAAUGUUAAAUUUCGUCGAAUGAGUUCAUUUAAAGUAGCUAAAUGGUAUAUUCCAUUGAGUAUAUUAGGUUGGAUGAUUUAUUAUUCAAAUAUUUGGGUUGGAUAUAAUGGGUAUCAAAAUGGAUCAGCUUGUAAACGACAAGAUGGUAUUUAUACUAUUUUCAUUACAGUUAAUAGUCUUACAAUUGAUACAAGUAUACCAAUUCUUCUUAUGAUUAUAUUUAGUCUUUUAACUUUGAACAAUUUACAUGGAUUACGUCGACGACGUAAUCUUAUUACACCUCAUACAGAUGGAAGUAUGAUGACUGUAGUAAGAACUACAAACAGAAAUGAAACUAUUGAUGGUGGCAAACAAAAAGUGAUAGUAGAACAACGAGAAAAGAAACAAUUUGGAAAACAAUUAACUAUGAUUUCAUUGAUUCAAGUUCUUCUUUAUAUUAUGUUAAAUGUAUUAAGUGCAAUUUAUGCUCUAUAUAGUGUUAUUACAAGUUCAACUAUUCGAACUCCUAAUCGAACAGCAAUUGAAAGUUUUAUUAAUGCAAUUGCAGUUAUGAUGACAUUUAUUUUUGGAACAGUAAGUUAA